UGGUCUGAAGCUCAGUAUGUUGGGGCAGAGCAGCAGGGCAGGCCGACGCCUGAGUUGGCUUCGUUACAGCCAGGUACCUUCAAGACUUAGGUCAGGUACACGUGCUACUCAUCGUUUAACAACGAGUUCACCGAGGACCGGUGGCGAACAGGUGGAUAUCAACAGAAAUCCAAUUCGACGAGUUUAGUUUGAAAACUUCAGAACACCAUGGGCGGGUUCAGCGGCAGCCGCCACGCCUCAGUAUCCACCUCAGCUUAUCAAGAGGGCGGCAACGAUGGCGAUGAACCAAGCGACCCCCUGCUCCAUAUCCUGGAGAAUGAGGCCGCCCAUACUUAUAUCGAGGAAAAAGACAUUGACCGCGAGUGUCUGCCCGAUUGGUUCGACGAGGCCAGAUACAAGAGGGGCGCGCAGACUUUUGAGCGCGACAUCUUCCUAUUCUUCUCAUGCAAGCUGAGCGGACUUCUAACCCUUCUAGCCAUCCCUUCCAUCGUCAAGGUCCUGGUAUUGACGAAGCAAUCCGGACAGCCCGACAAAGCCUUCCGGAGAUACGUCGACACCAUCAGGCAUAUGCUGUUCUGGUACCGAACAGACAUCAGAGACCCCAAGUCACGGGCUCGAGAAUCGUUGGCCGUGGUGCGGAAGCACCACCUGCGAGGGGCGGCGGCUGCUCGCCGGGCAGGUCUGCCGGGCAUCUCCCAGCUCGACAUGAUCCUCACACAGUUCGCCUUCUUCGGAUACGCAGUGCUCCGGAGGAAGCAGGACAACUUCAGUGUCUCCGACCAAGAUAUCUUAGACUUCGUGCACGUGUGGAGGACCAUCGGGUUCCUCAUCGGCAUCGACGAACGGUUCAACAUCUGCCAAUUUGACGCAGAUCUGUCGAGCACAACAAAGAUACUCGAAGGCAUUUGCUCCAAAUGGUUGGCACCUGCAUUAAUCACUCCACCAAGAGAGUUUGACUCAAUGUCAAGAGCACUACUUAAUGGAUCAUGGUGUAUGAUGCCAGUGAUAGAGUAUGCCUCCUACUUGAAUUACACUCAGGAAAGAGCCGGUGUCCCAGAGCCACUGCGUUGUGAAACGUACAAGGCCAGUGCAAUUAUGUUAACAUUCCUCCACUUCAUCCCCAACACUCUGGAUUGGCCCAUUCUAGGGCCCAUUUUCAGAAUGUAUCACAAUGCAAGCAUGAACUUCUCCCUAUUUAUGUCAACGUAUUACCCAUUACUUGCAUGGUACUCGUUUCCCCGCAACAGCAACACACGUUAUCAGAGAUUAGUCCCCAGUGAGACUUAA